AUGAAACCAGUAGUUUCAUCAAAUAAGGUUAAUUCCACAGAUUGGAUAGCCACUUCCUUGACUAGACGGUUCGGCCUCGGAGUUGGUCUUGCAUGGGUUGGGUUUUCUUGCUUUUGGCGUCGUCUCAGAACAAAUCAAAACUCGCCUCGAGGAGUGUCGAGGAGGCAGAAGAGGUAUUAUGAAUUGAAGAUUGGUGGCGGGGAUACACCGAGGCGAGGCGAUUUGGUUGUGAUUGAUAUAAUGGGAAAAGUCGAAAGCACGGGUCAAGUGUUUGUGAACACAUUUGAAGGGGAGAAGAAAGCAUUGGCACUAGUAAUGGGGUCAAGGCCAUAUAGUAAAGGAGUGUGUGAAGGGAUAGAAUAUGUGCUGAAAAGUAUGAAGGCAGGAGGGAAGAGGAAGGUGAUAGUGCCACCUGAAUUGGGAUUUAGAGAGAAUGGUGCUGAUUUAGGCUCUGGUGUGCAGAUUCCUCCACUUGCAACACUUGAAUAUAUUGUUCAAGUUGAUAAAGUUUCCAUUGCACCAGCUUGA